AGUUAAUCAAAAUACAAUGUAGCUUUUUGGAUAUCGAAAGUUGGCACAAACCUUUUAACCAAACAUCAAAUAAGAUAAUGGGAGGAAGUCCCCCUCUCACAUUGCUACAAUAACUUUUAUUUUUCUACUUUUGCCCUCUAAGUUUCCUCACUCUAUUUCACAAGUCAUGUGUGGUUUUUGUCAUUUGAUAUUAGUGUCUAUCCUGGUCUAUUUUCCUCGUGGAGUUUGAUUGAUUCUCGCAAAAUCUGGUCGUGGUCCUCGACCAUCAAAAGGGAAAGUUGAGUUCAGUGGUUUGAGCUGACUUUUAGUGUUUUGGGUUUGUUUGCCCAGUGCUUUCUUUACCCCUUUCUCUCUUGGAACAUGACUUUUGAGUCUUUUUGCUCUUCUGUGUUUCGGAUGAUCAUUUCCUUAUUUGUGCUUAAUUCAAUCUUCGAAAAUCUGUUCUUCGGUCAUCGAUCAUGGAAGAGGAAAUUUUGAGCUGGAUUUUGAGAUUUGAGCACCUGAGGGGCAAUGCUCCUGUGGUUUCACAAUCGGCGUUCAUUGUCAAAACCUCAAGCAGCAUUGCUGUUCCAUUGGUGCUUGUGGUUCGGGUUUGCGCUUGAAGCGGAUAAGAACAGUGGGUAACAUUCUGUUGGGGAUUGAAUAGGUAGUUCAAGAAAUCCAAUGAGAAUGAUUACAACAGAUCGUCUCCUUUAUCCCUCGAUUUUCGUCAUCACUUUCUCCACACUCUUCUGGUGUUUGGCAUCAUCUCCCCUAGUCUCUCUCAUGAGUCUUGGUGUCCAGCGUCGACAUCAUUACCUCCGCGCUAUUCUUUGGUUCUUUGGAUCUCUGCUCUUUGAAGUCCUGGCAUCUCCUUUGUCUCACAGUACUGAUUCGGUAAGACAUGGGAGGUGAACGGGAAAACAAAAGAAGGAAAGAUGGGAUCUCAGAACGUUUAAUUGGGCAAAAGAACCCUACAAGGGAAGCUAUGGAGUGGCAAGUUAUGAUUUGGGAAAAGAAGGCAACCAUGGUAGGUUGGUUUCUCCUUCAAAGGACCUUGGAAUAUUACCUGAGAACAUUCUUUUAGCAAAGAAUGACUUACAGGACAAGCACCAUUAUUGAAAGGAAGCAUCUUUCAGCAACAAGGGGAUCAGCUCACUAGAACUCCUUUGGUAGCUAGCAAUGAAAUGGGUUGAUCUUGCAUGUAGAUGUCUUAUAAAGGGGAAGCUAUGCUAUUAAAACUACUAUUUGAUAGCCAACUUUGGUUAUUAUUGCAAUUUGGAAAACUGUGCUGUUAAAACUCCUAUGUGUUUGUUAAGUGCCAUGUUUAAGACAUUUCAAGAAUUUUUAUUUUUGUGAAAGUUGAGAUGUGAUUCAGAGUUAUUUUUUAAUAGUAACAGUGAGGCAUGAUUCAAAUUU